UUAUGUAAAGGAACAUAAAUUGAUAAUGAUAAUGAAUUAAGAAUGGCUAGUGUUUAAUUUCAUUUAAACAGAACCAAAUCAAAAGUCUGAUUAUUGAUAUGCACUGUUUUUGGUUGUGGAUAUUUGUGAAUAUAAUAUUUGGUGUACUCUGGCAUGAUAAAAGUGAAACUUUGUUAAUAUGAGUAUUUUUAAUAUAUAUAUAUAUAUUUUUUAAGUACAGAGACGAUCAACAAUGAACAUAACCGAGUCUGUGACCCAGUCGACUGGGAUGACUUCAGAAUAUGAUUAUGAAGACUCUUCCACAACUAUGGGUGAUUAUGAAGAUGGGGAAAUAUGUAACAAAGCAACAGUGCGAAAGUUUCGAAUGUACUAUGAACCUGCACUCUAUUGGAUGAUUGUGAUUCUGGGAGCCAUUGGAAACACUCUGGUAGUCUGGAUAUACACACACUUCAAAAACCGCCUGAAGGCGAUGACGGACGUUUAUCUACUGAACCUGGCUCUGGCUGAUUUGUUCUUCCUCUGCACUCUGCCAUUCUGGGCCGCCGACUCCAUCUACGGUUGGACCUUUGGCUCAGGCCUCUGCAAAAUCGUCUCUGCCAUUUACAAAAUCAACUUCUUCAGCAGCAUGUUUCUACUUACCUGCAUCAGUGUCGAUCGCUACAUAGUGAUUGUCCAGACUACCAAAGCACAGAACUCCAAGAGGGAUCGUCUCCUGUACAGCAAACUCAUCUGUGUUUUAGUCUGGCUCCUGGCGGCCGUGAUGUCCAUCCCAGAGUUUAUCUUCGCUCGUUCAAAAGAGGAUGAUCAGGGCAAUCACUUUUGUAUGAUGGUCUACUGGAACAAUGAAAACAAUCGUACAAAAAUACUGGUCCUGGCUCUCCAGAUCUGCAUGGGCUUCUGCAUCCCUCUCAUAGUGAUGAUCUUCUGCUAUACCAACAUCAUCCGCACCUUGCUGAAGACGAGGAACUUCGAGAAGCACAAGGCCCUGCGGGUCAUCCUGGCAGUUGUGGCUGUGUUUGUUGUCUCUCAGCUUCCAUACAACGGCAUGUUGGUCUUCGAAGCCACUCAGGCGGCCAAUACAACUGUCACAAACUGUGAAGAGGUCCAACUCUUUGACAUCGCCGGCCAAAUUAUGAAGAGUCUCGCUUACAUGCACAGCUGCCUAAAUCCGUUCCUUUACGCCUUCGUCGGAGUGCGUUUCCGAAAAGAUGUCUUUAAACUUUUCCAAAACCUUGGCUGUAUUCCAACCCUCAAGAACUCCAAGUUGCUGCAGGGAAGCUCUCACCGCCCCUCUGUUAUGUCAGACACAGAAACCACCAAUGCACUCUCAUUGUGAUUGGUGUCAGAACACUGCCAGUGAGGCUUGCUUAGAAAAGGCUUCUGUUUUGCUGCAGGUGCUUGGCAUCUUAGUUUGAAAGCAGAAGUUUGAGGUUCCAUAGGAGGACUUUGCAUGCUUGAAAACAUGCUGCCUGGAGGAGGGUGAAGUAACCUGCUCACCACAAUGAGAUGGCUGCCUUGAAUAUUGCAUAACAAGAGUUCUCUUUGUUUGACUGGGCCAUUUAUAUGAAUGUCACAAUUCCUGAUCAAAUAAUUGUAUGAACAGUGUUGUGGCAGGGAGAGUGCAUGGUUACUGUUUUGCCCAUUUAAUUGAAACAAUAUUUUCCAUCUUUUGUUCAGCAUUAACAUUUUCAGUUCAUAUAAAUGUUGUAUAACAACAUGAUUUGUCAUGUAUGAGCACUGCAUUUCUUCUAAAAGUGUUUUUAUUCCCCAAAAGAUUAUGAAUGUUUAUAAUUGUUAUUGUAUAAAGAUAUUUUUUUUGUCUUUUUGUUGCUGCAACUGUGAAUAUUUUAUUCAUGAUUUAAAGCCAGUUGUGUUCAUUCAGGGUGUUUGUGUCUGUUUUGAUUACUUUACACCUAAAAUAUUGUAUAUAUAUAUUUGCUGCUCAUUUUGUAAACAGUAUAUUAAAUACAAAAUGUCAAUAAAACCUGAUAUACAGGCUUCCUAA